AUGAGUGACGAUGGUAAUGAUUCAAAAAUGGAGGAUAAGUCCACAACCGGAAAAAUUGAAGCAAUGUCGAAAGAAGAACUAUUAAAGCUUAUUAAACUUCAAUUAUUACAAAAUAAAAAAAAUCAGACAAAAACGAAUGAAUUAACCACUGCUAAUACCGUCCUGUGUCAAAAACAAGAGGUGCUACUAAACGAACUUGAUAAUGAACGUGUAAAAUAUACAAAAUUAGUAGAAGAAGUUGAUCAGUUGAAGAAAAUAGAAAUAACAACUCAAAGUGAACUUACGAUUCUACGAGAACAAUUGGAUCUCCUUCAAUCACAGAACGAGACAUUAACAUCGACUUGUAAAACGUUUCAAGAGAAAAACUCUAAUCUUCAAAAUGAAGUUCUGUCUGUUCGUUCAUCUCCAACCAUUGAACAACAGGAACUCUCGACGAAACUAAUUGAUUCUCAGCGUGAUAUCGAAAAUUUGAAUAAUCUAAAACUUCAACUUGAACAAACAAUUGAACAAUUGAAUAUAAAAUUGAAAAAAGCUGAUCAAUUAUUUCAAAAAUAUAUUUUAUCCACAGUUGAUUUGUUAGAUAUAUUUCAUGAUAAUAGUGGAAAUAAAAUGGAACUGAUUCGUGAACCAAAUAAUGUUGACAUAUUCAAUCUUUAUUCUUCUGAACUAAAACGUAUCAGACAAACCGAUAUAUUAUAUACGGAUUUAAAACAAUCGUAUGAACAGUUAUAUAUGGAACGUCAACAAUUACAACAACAAUAUGAUGAUUUGAAACCAAUGAGUUUAGAACAACGAAUUGAAGAUUUAGAAUUUUUUAAUGAAGAAUUAAAAUCUGAGUUAAUGACAAUAAAAGAUGAUUAUCGAAUGAAAAUGAAUGCUUAUGGUCAACGUGAACAAGAAUAUCGGCGACAAAUUGAAGAUUUUGAAGAACAAUUUAAUUCAUUACAGCAAGAACAAUUACAACAACGAGAACAGCAAAUGAUAGCGUCGCCAUCCGAAGAAAGCCGAAGUUUUUCUACAAGUAGCGAUGUUUUACGAUUAGAAUCAACCUCAUCUUCAACAAUUAAUCAUAGUGAUGUCAGUGACAUUGUACAUGAUACUCUACAAUUUAUUGUAAAUUUCGUUGAUUUAUCAGAGAAAAAUAACAGUACUACUAAUAAUAAUAACAAUAACAAUAAUACUAGUUUACAAUCUUCGACAUUGUCUUCGUCCACAUCCUCAUUACUGUUAUCGUGUGAUAUUUCGACACUUUUGCAUAGUAUUGGUAUAACAAAUUUUACCGAAGAAUUAUAUUUAUCCAACUAUGCAGAUGUAUUACGUUUAUGUACAUUGUUAAUUGAACGUUGUCGUGUACUGCAAUAUGCUCUAUUAAGAAGAAGUCAUUCGUCAGAUAUGUUUUCUGCCUCUUUAGAAUCUCUUUCGAUUGAUGAUCAAUUAAAAUCAUCAUCUUUGUCACUAUUUGAAGAUUCAUCUUCAUCAUUGAUUGACUGUUCUUCCACUACUAAAUCCGGUUAUCAAGAAUACUGUGCUAUUAUUCAUCGUCAUCAUAAUAAAUCGUUAGAUUCAAUAUUUGAUCUACUAUUAGACUGGACAACAUCUUCAACUAUUGAUACUCGUUCGUUAAACGAAAAUUGGAAAAUUACUAUAUCAAGACCGAACUCUCAAAACGAAAAAUCUCAAAUUCGUUUCGAGUUAUCAACGGAUGCUAUCACUCUCUCAUUAAUGCCAGAACAGUACUAUAAUGGACUCGAUGCAUUAACUUCUGAAACAAAAAAAUUAAUAGUUGAAAAUGAACAACAAAAGGAUGAAAUAAAAUUGCUAGAAAAACGUUUAUCUCACAAUGAAUCAUAUGAACAUUUGAAAACUCGUCAAACUCUCUUGGAAGAACAAUUAGAUAAACAGUGUGCACAAACAAUUGAAUUAGAAAAUAUUUUAAAAGAUGAAUUCGGCAAUAAAUCAAAAUAUGAACAAAUUCAACUAUCGUAUGAUGAAUUAGAAACUAAAUAUUUGAUUGCUGAACAAUUAAAUGAACAAUUAAAAACAUUAAAAGAGAAAUAUGACGAUUUAGUUUCGCAUUUGACAGAGAAAGAUGAACAGUUGGCUAAAAAUCGAUGUUAUUUAAUUGAACGUGAUGAACAGAUCAAGUUGUUGACCAUCGAACUCCAACAAGAACGUUCGAACACAGUUGAAUUGAAACAAUCGGCAAAUGAAUUGAAUACGUUAAAGAGUGAGUAUAAAGAAAUAAAACAGUUAAAAGCCAAUGUUGAACACGAAUUAGAACAAUUAAAAGAUGAUCUUAAUGAUAAAGACAAGAAUAAGGCAGAAGAGAUUAAACAACAACAAUUUUCAACAGAUUUAUUAGAAAAGAAAAAGUUGGAGUGCAAUCAGUUGAUUGAAAAAGUAAAUCACUACGUAACAGAUUUAGAAAAUGUGAACAAAUCGCUAUUUGAGAAAACAAAAUUAGCCAAUGAGCUAGAUGAACGUUUACAAACGAUGAAUAUUAAUUAUGAAAAUUAUAAAAUGAAGUAUGAACAAACAAUUCAUGAACAGCAAAAGUUAUUAGACGAUUUAAAUAUAUCUCAAAAUGGAAAACAGUUACUAAUUGAGAAAAUACAUAAUUAUGAAAUGAAACAAAAUAAUAUGCAAGAUAAACAAACAGAUACGAAUGAAUUUAAACAGCAAGAAGUUCAAUUACAACAAGCAUACGACGAAAUAAAACAAAAACUACAAAUAACCGACGAGGAAUAUUUACAAAUUGUAAAACAAGCAAAAAAUGAAAUAGAACAGUUACUACUGAAGAAUAAUGAAAUAAAUGAGAAACUAUCAAAAUUAGAAGAAAAUCGUUUGGUAAUGGAAACAGAAUAUCGUCAGAGUAUUAAACAAAUUACAAAUGAAAAUAUUGUUCUACAAGAAACAGUAGAAAAUUUAACAAAAAAAUUGAAUCAUGAAGUGACUACGCCACCGCCACCAUCAGAAACUUCAACUGGAGAAAAUAUUCAAGAAUUAAAAGAAAAAUAUCAUAAAAUGAAAUUAUUAUUGACACGACUGAAAAAAGAAUUACAAGAAAAAAAUCAACAACCUAAACAAAGUUUAAUUGAUUUAGAACUAGCUGAUUAUGAAAAAACGAUUAAAUAUUUGAAAGAAGAAAUACAAAAGAAGGAUAAAGAAAUUAGUGAUUUUCAUGAAGAAUUGAAUGUUCGUGAUGAUAAAUAUAAUGGUAUUAAAAGUGAACUUUAUAAUCUUGAACAACAGAAACAACAAACAGAAGACCGAGCAAAUAAAUUUAAAACACUAUUGGAUCAAGCUAAAAAAGAAUUACAAAAUGCAAAAAAUGUGGAAUUGGAACGAACAGAUACUGAUGAAAAUAUUCGAACAUUAUUGCAUACAAAUCAACUUGAAUUAGAAAAUAAUAAAAUGUAUAUUAGUGAGUUAUUACAAGAAAAACAACAAUUGUUAGAUAGAAUAAAUAAUAAUACGGACAAUAGUCACCGUACAAUUAGUACAUUAGAACAAAAUUUGAAAAUAAUCACACACGAUUUAGAUAUUGUCAAACAAGAUUAUGAAACAUUACAAGAUGAAUUCAAUAGUUAUAAAGUUCGUGCUCAAAGUGUUCUAAAACAGCAUCAACAACAACACACACAAGUAGAAAAUCGUACAACACCGGAUAGAGAAAACAAAAUUCCUGAGUUAGAAGAAACUAUUGAAAAAUUAAAAAUAGCUCUAAAAGAGACAAAUGAAAAAUUACAAUCAAUGAUGAAUGAAAAUGAUAUAUUACAAAAGGAACAAGACCAUUUAAUUGAUCGUCAGACAAAAAUUGUUAAUGAAUAUAAAAAACGUGAACAAGAAUUGAAAAAUCAAAUACGAAAAUUGGAAAACGAAUGUUCACAACGUACAAAUGAAAAUUCAGAUAUGAUAAAAAAUGUAACAGCACAAAAUGAAAUAUUAACAGCAGCCUAUAAAGAACAAAUAGCAUCAAUACAAAGUGAUCAUGAACGUGUUUUGAGUAUGAUACAAAAUCAAUUGAAUUUAUCACGAGCCGAUGUUGAAAUACUAAAAAGUCGACUUGAAUAUACAGCAUCACGAUUGGACAGUAAACACAGCGAUAUCAACAGUUAUUCGUCAAGUGAACCGGUCACUACUAGUAGUAACAAUGAUAAUAAAGACGAUUCUAAUUGGUUUGUUCAUAAUACAGAACGACAACAAGGAGAGGGUAUGGAUAAAGAACUUUUACAAACGACUGAUGGUGAAAAUUCAACGACAAUAGCUGUUAAAACGUUGGAAAAUGUUUUAUUUAACAGUGGUGAUUCUUCCUCAUUAAGACAUGACUCACUUACUACUAUCGUAACAUCCUCGUCAACUAAUGAUAAACCAAAACAUGUACUAUUUCAAGAUGCUGAAAUGGAAUUACAACGUAUUAAUGAAGAAUACGAAAAAUGUCAUCUACGUUUAAUAAAUACAACAGAAUUAUUAAAUGAUUCUGAAUUGAAUAAUAUUCGUCUAGAAGAACAAGUAAAUUUAUUAAAAGAUGAAAUUCGACGAUUAGAACGAAAUAUGGAACGUGCUGAUUCAAUUUCAAAUUUAGAAUAUUUAAAAAAUGUUAUUUUAAAAUUUUUUAUAUUACGAACAGUUCAUGAACGUUUACAAUUAAUUCCUGUUUUGGUAACAAUGUUAAAAUUAAGUCCCGAUGAACAACAAAAACUCGUACAAGUUGCUCACAAUAGUCGUUUUUCAGACGAAAACAUUGAAUCAAAUCAACAGCAACCACUUCCAGACCAACAACAAACUGGAGGAACUUCUUGGGGUACUUAUUUAGGAAAAAUAUCGGGCUUGUACUAG